AUGUCUUGGAAUAACUCUUCUCCCACAAAUAAGAAGAAAUGCAAUUGUGGUUUACCUUUGGCAAAAUUAACAUCUUGGACUAGGGAGAACCCUGGGAGGAAAUUCUUGGCUUGCAAAUUCUAUGACCCUAACACUGAAACUAGGGGGUGCAAGUGUUUUGAGUGGGUUGACACUGAAGAUGGAACAGAUUGGCAAAGAGAUGUGAUCAAUCAACUUUUGCUUGACAAGAAGUUAAUGAAAGCUGAAGUGAACUCUCUGAAAAGGGAUGUUGAAGACUUAACUGGGCAAAGAAGGUGUAUGCUGAAUGAGGUGGACAAUUUGAAAGUAAAAUGCAAGUCUCUCAAUGGGGAUAGGAAGAUGAUGAUCACCAACUCUGCCAAUAUAGAUAACAAGCUUCUUGUUUAUUUUGUUGUUUUGUGUUCUGUUUUCUUGGUUAUUCUAGGUGUUGUUGUAAUGAAAUUAUUGUAA